GAGGCUGCCCCGCUGCUAUAAGACGUGGAAGAUGAUCCGCGGCCACUGCGAGGUGAAGAAGAUAGAUCUCCGGCAGUGGAACGAUGUGGAUGACGGAGUUGCUGCUGAGGGUCCCAAGAGGAAGAAAACGAGAUGGAGACAAUGAUGAUGAUGGCUAUGGUGAUCGUGAUUAGAGGAUAAAAAGGAAAAAAAAAAAAAAGAGUCUGGAUGGUGAUGGUGAUGGUGAUGACGAUGAUGAUGGGGAUGAUGAUGAUGGAAAACUGGGGGAUGUAGGGAAGCGGAGAGGUGGACGGCUGCGGAUACCCGAGGGAAGAAGAAUUGAGAGAGAAAAGAAGAGAAAUCUCCCUUUUUUUCUUGUCUAGUGCCCCACUGGUUCCG